AUGGCCUUCAGGGUGGGACUUGAAACUGCACGGGAGGCUAUUCACUUAACUUGCAGUGUUCUCUGGGAAAGACUGAGGGACCUGUGCAUGAUGCCAUCAGGUCCUGCAGAAUGGGCAGACAUUGCGAGAGGCUUUGAUGAACGGUGGCAGUUUCCAAACUGUCUAGGGGCAGUUGACGGCAAGCACGUCAGAAUUGUUGCACCGAAAAAAACUGGGUCCCAGUACUACAACUACAAAGAGACAUUUUCGAUAGUUCUGAUGGCUGUCGUUGACAGUCGCUACAGGUUUGUCCUGAUUGAUGUUGGCGCCGAGGGACGACAAAGUGAUUCUGGAGUGUUCAAGACAUCACCAAUUGGCCACCACCUUGAAAGCGGCACCUUGGACACACCAGGAUUGAAGAAACUGCCUGGAAGCGAACUGGUGACUCCCCACGUGUUUAUUGGGGAUGAGGCAUUCCAGCUACGACCCGAUUUUCUGAGGCCCUACUCAGGCCUCGGCCUGCCUACAGAAAAGAGGGUCUUCAACUUACGGUUGAGCCGUGUCAGGAACUGCGUUGAAAACGCAUUCGGCAUUCUCUGUGCACGGUGGAGGAUCCUGUUGAGGACCAUCCACUUAACACCAGAAAAUGCAGGUGGUGUUGUAAGGGCAGCUUCUGUGCUUGACAAUUUCCUGAGCACUCACAACAAUGACACUGUGGGCUAUGGUGACAAUCAGGAUGUCUACAGCAACAUUACUGAAGAAAGAUAG